CAAAGAGACAGCACUGAAGGGACAAAGAACCCAAUUGCGGAGUAUAUUUUAACAGUCCUUUUACUGAACUUCAACACUUCAUACAAACAUUAUCAUGGCAAACGACCAGAUGCCAACAGACCCUAUCACUGCGGUCGGAGUCCUUUCUUCACACAGCAAGGUUCCAGAUGACUACUUUGUUGUAGCACAAACAACAGAUGGCUCGGAUGCCGACCUGUGGAAGGACGGCUUAUUCAAAUCCAAGGUCACUCGCUACCUCUGUUUCACCAGAAAACCUGGCCCUGAUGUUGUUGUGGAUGUAAAGUUGAUCGACAUUAAGGACGCAUUGCCAGAGGGCUUCAUUGCAAUACAAGAAACAUUGGACACAAAGGAGCCUGCCAUGAAGAAGAGGAGACUUUGUGUGAAAAUGAGCCCACGUGCAGCUGCGGAUACGGCUGUAUUUGACUUCCAGAUCAUUGCCAAAUCCAAACAGCAUCUUGUCCACUACACCAGCAUGGGUGAGAUCAAUAACAUGGGGUUAUGGUAUCGAAUGGGAGAGGUUCCUCAUCUGCAGUCAUCUCAACAGAGAUCCAGCAAAGUUAAUAAUGGUGCCCCUUCUGACACUGAGAGCAGGAGGACCAUCAGCAGGCCAACCUAUGAGCCCCAAAACUCUGGCAGCGUCACCAUAACAGCCAUGGACGGUGUGCCCUUUGAGGUCGCUCAGCGAUUUUAUGAUACAUCAAAAGAGAUGCAGCAAGUCAAUUUAAUGGGCAUUACGAUCAAAUCCCUGGCAGAGAUCGAGGAGGAAUUCCACUACAACUUCAGCACAGAGCGAAGCAUUGUGCUAUAACAUCCUCUGGUUUCCUUCAACAUGAUGGGACCAUACUGUGGACAAAAGGAUCGUCAUUAAGUGAAAAAAGAGAAAACAUAAGAUGCAUUACUGUUAUAAAAGCUGGCUGUGUACAAUGUUUAGAUUCAAAUGUAUUUGACAAUAUGCCUUUGUAAAAUGUGAAUAUAGUGAAAUGCUAAAAAAAUAUGUAUCUAAUUAAUGUGGGUAUUUUUAAGUUGGCUGAGAUUUUGACAUUUGGUUGCCUCCGAGGGACUAAACGCACAACAAACAGACAGCUCUCAGGGGUCUGCAUGUUCUAGCAGAAAUAUAUUUCCAUCACAAAGUUCAUCAUGCAGUGUGCAGAACGAGCGAGCAGAGCUCUGAGGCGCUGUGCCUUUACCCCAGACGCCCAUACUUCAAUGCAGUGACACAUCAACUGAGUCAGCUCUUAAAGAAAAUCAUUCAAAUAUUAUAACAUGUCAGCUCUGAUACACGGCAUGCCUUUUCCUACAGUCUCACAGACAAAAUUGUGAAU